AUGUCGGUUAGUAUAUCUGAAAAACAAAUUUUAUAUGAUAAUCCAUGUGCACCUAUCGUUAAAUUUUCUCAUUCAAAUAAUAUUGAUGAUGAAGAUAUGACUGAUGAUCAAAUAUCUUCUAAUAUUCUAAAUGAUACUUUAUUACAUGCCACUCUCGAACAUUCAUUCAAAGCAUUCUCACUUGAAGAUCUUGUUAAAUCAUUUGAUGAUACAAUUAAUACAUGUUUUUCCGAUCAACAAAUAAUUAAAUCAGAAGAAUAUAUUCCUACUAAACAAACAGAUCUUGUUUCUACAUCAAAUACAUGGUCAGAUUUAAUUGAAAAUCUUCAAACAUCUUUACGUCAUGAUUUAAAAUUACCAUAUAUAAGUAAAAAUUGUCAAAUAGCAAUGAAUAAAAUUCAUGAAAAACAAUUUUCUGAAGAUGAAAUUAUAUCAAUUGAUGAUUUAAAUGAAGAUGAAGAAGAAGAAUUACGUGAACAAUUAGAUAUGCAUUCAGUUAUUGUUUCAUCAAAUAAUUUUCAUCAUGAACCAUUUCUUACAGCUGAACAAGUUAUAAGUGAAAUUGAUUUUAUGUUACAAGAUAUGACACCAGAUUCAGGUUAUUGUGAUGGUGAUGUUGAUGAUGAUCAUAAUCAUUUACAUAUAUCAUGUAUUAAAACGAAUGAAUUUUAUUUAAAAAAUCAAUCAAUUUAUUCAUUAAAUGAAUUAUAUGAUGAAUUAAAUGCAUCAAUUAAAUAUUUAUCAAAUAUACUUAUACAAGAAUUAGCUAGUCGGGAUGAACUUGAAUAUGAAAAAGAAACAAAAAAUACAUUUAUUUCACUUGUACUUAGUAUUCAAAAUAAACGUCGACAAUAUCAAAAUGAUAAACGUGAAAAACGUCGUUCAAUAGUUGGGAAUAACAAUUAUAUUGAACCGGGAACGUAUUUAACAACAAUAAUACCAUUUGAUCGUGAUCAUCCAACAUAUCUCUCAGUUGAACAUUUAGAAAAUUUAAAUAAAAUCCUUCAUGCUAUUAAUGAAGAUAGUGCUCAAGUAACAGAAUUAUUAACAAAUUAUAUUCUUAAAGUUUUAUGUCCAUAUUAA